GAAGAAAAAAAAAAAAAACACAGAACAUAGACAGACAUGCUCGGAUAGAUCAAACGUCGACGAUGUCUGAUCUCAAAAUAAUGAGAUACCAAAAUCUAAUGGUAGGAGAAGCCCUCUCGAAUAAUCAUCUGUACCCAUUUGCUUGCAAUGAACUGAGCUCAAUUAUUAAACAGGGUUAUUCUCGAUCACCCAAAGAUCUCAAAGCUUUGAUCUUUCGAGAUACCCUCUCGGCUUUUCGUCUUCUUCCCGAUGUGAACACAUCAGCUGCUGUUUCAGCCGCUAAACUUCUCCUGAGGAGCGUGGAAGCCGAGUUCCCCAAACAGAAGAAGAACUUAGCCAUUGUAGAAUUCAAGAAGACAAAAGUAGCACUCAAGAGACGCAGUAAAAGCCAUGAGGAAGAUAUAGAUUUACCUUCACUUCCACAAGAUAUCCUUAUUCACAUCUUCAGUUUCCUCGAUGCAUCGGCCUUACUUUCCGCAUCUCAAGUGUCUCGCUCAUGGAACCAAGCAACGCAUGAGGACUCUCUGUGGCGAUCACAGUUUGAACUUCACUUCUAUCACAAAUUCGUGAUCCUUAAUCAGUCCGAUACUGACUACAGAGAAGCCUUUAGGCAGGCUUGUAUCGAGGAUAAGUCAUCAAAGUUUAUAAGAUCUGGUCGAGGUUACUGCGAUAACUGUGACUCCAUUGUUUGGCACGACAACCUGAAAUGUUCGAAGAAACAAUGUCGGUUGAUGAAAUUUGGCAACGAGCCACUCGACCCCAUGUCGACUCAACGGGUUGUUAACUAUUUGCUGGGGACAUAUAGUUCGUCUGAUGACAGUGAUUCAGAUGAUGAAGCCAUUCCUGGAGGACCAGGACUAUGGGCUUAUCCUACACUACAC